CGGUAUUUCGGGAUGGUGUCCCAAGAACCUUUGAAACCGUUGAUAGGUUUCUGCCAAAUUUUUCACAACAUGCGACUAAAAGGUAAUUCCCUUCCCUGACCUUUGUUCUGCCCAAUGGCACCACCGUUUACCACCACUUGUGUCUACGUCAAAAGUGUCACACCUAGAUCAUGUGGUCAGCCAAACAUGUAACCGUAACUUUAGAGGUGAAAUCCUCCGUGAUGGAGCGACAGAACUGCGGGCUCACAGACCACAGAGCCGAAGAACCAAGCCGUUCCGCUGAAUGAGGAGAAUGUUGGAGUGAUAGAGCACUGCAGGUUUACCUGCCCACACAGGUGUAGGCUACUCGUCAUCUUCUCAGAGGGGGCUGUCGCCACCAGGUAGGUUUUAACAGGUACAUCCGAGCAUCGUCCCGGUGCUACCAUCCUAAACCCUUUCCUCCCGGGACCAUUGAGAUGCACCGUUAACGUUUCGGUGGGACUUCCUUUCGGACUCUGAGAUGAACUUAAAGUGGACAGUAAAACGAUUUCUUCUUAUGUCGUUUUCAAUCUCCCACUUGCUGUUACAUGAGGGAGCUCAGAGCCGACUUUCAGUGGCAGAAGGAAGACUACAGAGAAGGGCUAAUGCACUUCGGAGGAAACGGGAUCUCCUUGGGGAGGAGACAUACAGACCGCUGCUGUCGGAGGGUACUCUGUCACGCAGCAUUUUACACAACUACACAGCCAGAGAUGCCUCUUCAGAAUAUUGCGGCUGCCUCAAUGGUGGCUGGUGUCAGGAGGGCGGUGUGUGUGACUGUGCUCAGUUCCAGGCACUGGGAGACCGCUGCCAGAUCAUACCUAACCAGGGCAAGGAUAGGGACGGCAUCUGCAGGUCGUGGGGUCAGAACCACUACGAAACAUUUGAUGGAAUCUACUUCUACUUCCCUGGAACCUGCUCUUAUAUUCUGGCCCAGGACUGCCACUCAGCUGCACCACAGUACACAGUGUGGGUCCACAACAGCAGAUUGUGUGAUGGGAGUGUGUAUUCAUGCCCAAGAGCUCUCAGUUUGUUCUUCCCAAAUGAGGAGGAGAUCCACAUCUCUGGAUAUCAGGUCCACCAGGGAGGCCGAAGGUUAAGUCUGCCUCAGACAGUAGGCGGUCUGUUUAUUGAACGACUGGCUGAUUACCUGCUGGUGAAGAGUGUGUUUGGCUUCUCUUUGGCCUGGGAUGGAGGCUCGGGCGUCUACCUGAAGAUGAGCGAGGAGCACCAGGGUGCCCCCUGUGGCCUUUGUGGAAAUUUCAACCACCUUGCUGGCGAUGACCUCACCACCUCCCGUGGUAUUCGGACAGAUGAGCCUGUAUUGUUUGCUAACAGCUGGGCAGUGGACCUGCCUCAUGAGAGAGCCUGUCCAUCAGUAGACCUCGACUUCAAUGGGCCCUGCCAUUCUGAAUCAGACAUGGAUGAUGCCAUAGAGAAAUGCAGCGCACUUCUCUUCUUCCCGUUUCUGUCCUGUCAUGAAAACAUUGACCCAAAUCCCUUUGUGGCCAGCUGUGUGUCUGACCUCUGUGUAUCCGAUGACGAGGAAACGUUUUGUCGAGCCUUGGUUGAGUACACUCGAGCCUGUUCACAUGUUGGAUAUCCAGUAAGAGAGUGGAGAGACAGCUUCCCUUCUUGUAACGAUGGCUGUGAGGAGAGUUUUGUCUAUAGAGACUGUAUCAGUUGUUGUCCACCCACUUGUACAUUUGAGAAAGAGUGUCUGGGAACCAACUUGCAUUGUCUGGACGGCUGCUACUGCCCUGAUGGUCUUAUCCUACAAAAUGGAACAUGUAUUGCUGUUUCUCAGUGUCCAUGUGUUUACCAUGGUGCAUCAUAUUUACAAGGACAUGUGCUUCAACAAGGAUGUAGUGUUUGUGUGUGCAUGGGAGGAGUGUGGAACUGCACUGAGAACAACUGCACAGUGGAGUGUUCGGUGAUAGGUGACGUGUUUGUGACGACAUUUGACGGUAGGAUGUUUCUCCAGCCGGGGGCGUGUCAGUACGUGCUGGCAAAGAGCCGCAACAGCCGAUUCACCGUCACACUGCAAUAUACUACCUGUGCAGAGCAGCAGGUGUGUAUUCAGUCGGUGACAGUGGUGUUGGAUGAAGAUGUGACUCAUCAAAUUACUUUGACCAGAGAAGGGGACGUGAUAAUUGGUGUAAACCCGGCGCCUGUCCUUCCCUAUGUUGAUGAUGCAGUAGAAGUGCGGAAGCUGACCUCUGUGUUUACACAGCUGAAGGCAGGGAUUGGUCUGAGGCUGCAUUAUGAUGGCCAAGGGGGGCGGGUCUAUCUGCAGCUAGAUAGCCAGUGGCGCGGACAGACGCUGGGUCUUUGUGGAACCUUCAAUGGAAAUCUACGGGAUGACUUUCUGUCCCCAGCAGGUAUGAUAGAGGGCACUCCUCAGCUUCAUGCCAACGCUUGGAAGGUUUCAUCUGCUUGUGUCGCUCCAGUCAACCUGCCCAUCAUAGACCCAUGUGAGAUGAACCAGCACAAUGUGUUCUAUGCCUCCCAGUGUGAGGUGCUUUUGGGGAGUGUGUUUGCCCCGUGUCAUGGCUACAUCAGUCCAAACAUCUACCAGCAGCAGUGCCGCUACCAGGCCUGUCGUUGCGGGAGCAGCUGUUUGUGCACAGCACUGGCUCACUAUGCUUAUCUCUGCUCCAAACACGGAGUCAACGUUAAUUUCAGAUCACACGUCUCUGAAUGUGGAGUGGUGUGUCUUGGAGGCAUGCUGUACCACUCUUGUGUGUCGUCUUGCGGGCGUUCCUGUCGUGCUCUGUCUAGCACGGAGACGUGUAACCCCGACGACUGUGCCGAGGGGUGUGGCUGUCCAGACGGCAGUUACCAUGACAAUGUGCGCCAGCGCUGUGUGCAACUGUCUCAGUGUCACUGUUACUCCAUGGGUGGUGUGUCACAGCCAGGAGAAGUGAGCUUCAGCGCCUCUGGCCCCUGCCUGUGCAGAAAUGGGAAGAUGGAGUGUGUGCCAGAGGAAAAAGAGCCAGAUAGUGUAGAGGUCGGGGAGUGUCCAGAGGGGAAAGUGUACCACAGCUGCACCGAGCAGAGAGGAGGCUUAGCCUGUGCACCGACCUGCCGUAACCUGAUGUUGAACCUUACCUGCCCUCCCAGCACACCAUGCAUCCCUGGCUGUGUCUGCCCUCCUGGGCUGGUGCUGCACCAUAGUGAGUGUUACUUUCCAGAGAACUGUCCAUGUGCCUGGCUGGGCCUUGAAUACCUGCCUGGAGAAACUGUGGAAACAUCAUGCUACAAAUGUGUCUGUCACCGGGGCUAUUUCAACUGCAGCCACUCACCAUGUCCAGCUGUGUGUACUGUCUACAGCGACAGACACUACCACACCUUCGAUGGCCUUGAGUAUGACUACCACUCUGACUGUCAGGUCUACCUGCUUAAAAGUGCAGGAGAAACCGAGGUGUCCAUUGUUGCCCAAAACAAGGACUGCUAUGAGAGCGGCAUUGUGUGCAUGAAAGUACUGGUCAUUCACGUGGGACUUACCAAGAUCUACUUCACAGACAACUCUGGCAACCCUAGCCCGUCCACUGUUGUAGGUCGAGGAUCAGAGUUUGAGCUUUGGAAAGCCGGCUACUACACUGUGGUCUACUUCUCUAAUCAGGACCUGACCAUCCUCUGGGACCGCAAGACGACUGUACACAUUAGAGCUGGACCUCAGUGGAAGGGCCUUCUCAGUGGGUUAUGUGGAAAUUUUGACAGUGUGACAGUGAAUGAUAUGACCACCUCCAGCCACAUGGAAGUCAAUAAUGCACAGACCUUUGGUGACAGCUGGGCCCUGGGACAGUGUCAAAGUGACUACAUAGUUGAGCGACCAUGUGAAGGCGAUUUAGGCAGACAGCCAUACGCCAAGAGGGAGUGUGCUCUCCUCUACAGCGAUGUCUUUGCACCCUGUCACAACGUGGUGGAUGUGGCCUGGUUUUAUAGGAACUGCCUGACAGACACUUGCAAUUGUAACCGUGGGGGAGACUGUGAGUGUCUCUGUACAUCCAUCGCUGCAUAUGCACACAAAUGCUGUCAACAGGGGGUCACAAUACACUGGAGAUCACCCUCUGUCUGUCCCUAUGAUUGUGAAUACUAUAAUCAAGAGCUAGGCGAUGGCCCAUUUUCCUUGGUUAGCGCUGUUUAUAAUGACACCAUGUUUGGAGUGAAUCGCACCAGCAGCUCAGUGUUUCCUCUGGUGAGAGAGAGACCAGGGCAGUUGCCCGCCCCAGGCUUACUCUUCAACUUCAUGGUUACAGCAGGCUUGCAGAAGGACAGAACAUCACGUGUCCCUGUGGUGUCACUGGAGUCUGCAGAGAGACCAAAUUAUUUCCUUGUCGUGUCGGGACGCAGCCGCCUUCAUUUGGAGCGCUGGAGUCGAGGGCCGGAGUUUAAUCGCAGGGCAACCUUUAUCCAGCACCAGGGACUGUUUCUGACAGGGCACGCCUCAUUCGAGCUUGUCGGCCAACCUGGAAUCUUUCUUACACUGACACGCACUGCUGCACGAGCUCAGAGAUAUGACACCUCAGAGGGCUUCAAAGCCAGCAGCAGCUUCAAACUGGAGGAGAGCAGUUUUGUGAUACCUUAUCGUAUGAUGUGUGAGUGGCGCUACCAGGCCUGUGCAAGUCCUUGUGUCCAUGCGUGCAGUGACCCAGAUGCCACCCGGUGCCACUUCCUGCCUCCUGUGGAAGGCUGCUUCCCACGUUGUCCCAAGAACAUGGUACUUGAUGAAGUUACUCGAAGAUGUGUCUACAAAGAGGACUGUGUGUCUCUUCCCCCAACUCCGACACCCUUUGCAUAUGUGACGCAGUCCAACAGAACUACGACAGCACCAACAAUAACUCCAACUACAACCAUUACAACUACUACUACAAGGCCAAGAACCACAACCAUCACCACCACCACCACAAGGGCAACAACUACCUCCUCCACAACUGUAAGGCCCACAACCCCCACUACCACUCCCACUACUCCCAGUACAACAUCAGCCACUGAGCGUGUCACCCCUACUUCAUCUACAUCUCCUGCUGCUCCUCCCACCACUAUUGUUUCUGCUACACUCACUCCAUCAACCCCGCCAGAGACAACUACUCUCAGCACAACUGAGAUGACCCCCACUCAAACUACGGUAACCACAGGGGUCACUACAACCACCAGCACAACAACACCCUCCAUUGAAUCCACUGAGGCCACUACAGUCACCCCGACUUCUACUCCUCCAUCCCCUACUACUCUUUCUUCCACCUCCUCACCCUCCACUCCUACCUCCCCCACCAUUACCACACCGUCAGCACCAUCGCCGACAUUACCAGCAACUUCCACCCCACCUCCUCUAACCUCCGUCUCCACUCAGCCAUCACCCACCACAGCCGUCACAACUGCCCCCACCUCUACCACCUCUGUACCUGAAACCCCUACCGAAACCACAACCACUCCUCAGCCUACACCUGCGGAUACAACCAUCGCCAUAGAGACCACCACGCCAACAUACACUUCACCAGUUGCUGCGACAACCACAGCACCAUUUCAUACAACCUUCGAGCCCACUACUGAGCCAAGUACUACGGAAAUAAUCCCAAGCCCUGACACCUCUCUGAUAACAGAGGAAGCAUCAACCACGCAUCCAUUCCUCUUGCCCACUUCUCCCUGCACACCUCCGUACUCCUACCGCAUUGAUGAGUGUGCUGAGCUGAUCUGUUUUAAUGGAGAGCUGCUGCUUCACAACUCCUCUCUACACUGUCGCUACAACACCACCAAGCCCCAGUGCAGUCUGUUGGGCCUGCCCAUCCUCAUCAACACAGACCCCUGCUGUCCACAGUGGCAGUGCCCCUGUCGAUGCACUGUGAUGUCAGACCUGCGUGUUAUUACAUUCGAUGGCAACAAUGUUGCCCUGUAUGAUAACGGCUCCUACAUCCUGGUUAAUCUGCCCAGAGAGACUAUUAUUGGCGCCGUGGAGAAAUGUCCAACCAGCCAGAGUGUAAACUCCAUCAGACGAACUAGUCCUACAGGUGGAACAUCUGGUCUGUGUUUUAGAAAGCUGAACAUUACUACCUCUUCCUACAGAAUCAUUAUCAACCGACUGGAUCGCAAGGUGACAGUAAACUACAGACCUGCUAGACUUCCAUUCUCCCGGCAUUCUCUUUAUGUGGAAGACACAGGCAGCAUGUACCUGAUCCAGACACCUGGUGGGGUCAGCAUACAGUGGUAUCACAGCACUGGCAUUAUGGUACUGCAGUACAUCACUCCUUAUAAUGCAUCUGUGCCCACUCGAGGCUUGUGUGGUUGUUGUGAUGGCAACCCAGAAGACGACCUGAAGCUGCCCAAUGGUACUGUGGUCAGAGAGGUGGGAGAUAUGGUGCUCUUCCUGCAGGCCUGGAGAGUCCACACCACUGAUGAAACCGAACACACACGCAGAGUCGGAGACAACUGCACCAUCGAGGAUUGCUCCACCUGUCUCUCCAUGCUCCGCCAGAGAGCCUUCAUGCCAUGCCACAGCAAGGUCCCUCCGGAGCAGUUCUGCGACAUCAUGUGGGCGGGGGACCUGCACUACAAGGAUCACCAGUGUGACUUUCUGGCGGCAUACGUGGCGGUCUGCUACACACAUCAAGUCUGCAUCAGCUGGAGAAGACACAAUUUCUGCCCAUUGCGGUGUCCCCCUGGUAAGGAGUAUCAGCCAUGUGUGAGCACCUGCGCCAGCCGCACCUGUCUGAACACAGAGUACUACGAAGAAACCACCUGCUCCUUCAUCAGAGAGGAGUGUGUGUGCCGCAGUGGAACCAUCCUGCACCGCGCUGACUCCCCUUACUGUGUGACUGAGGAUCGUUGUGUGUGUACAGAUAAUGAGGGUAAUCCUCGGUCCCCGGGCGAGGUGUGGAAUGGCUCUGCUCGCGGCUGCUGUCUGUACAAGUGUAUGGAGAAUGGCUCUGUGGUGGCUGUGGAGCCAGACUGCAACUCUGUCCCUACACCGCUGUGUGAGAGGGAAGGAGAGUAUGUACUGGAUGUGUUGGAAGAAGGAGCCUGCUGCCCUAAGAAGAUAUGUGAGUGCAACAUGACCAUCUGUGACAGUGAAGCUCCACCUUGUGAUAAUGGGAACCGGCUAGUGAUUGGUUACAGCGCUCUGUCCUGCUGCCCAGAGUACAGAUGUGAGUGCGACCCCAUGGCAUGCCCUCCUGUGCCUGCCCCGAACUGCAGGGAAGAUCAGUUCCUAGUGGAGGUCAGGGGGGGGAAAUCCUGCUGCUACUCUUACCUGUGUUUGUGUGAGUCAUGUCUUGAACCCAUUCCAACUUGUUCACAUGGAGAAAUUCUGGCCGUGGAUCUAAACACCACUAACAGUUGCUGCCCCCAGUACCAUUGUGUGUGUGAUGCCAACCUGUGCCCUGAAUCAUCUGUGACCUGUACACCUGGUCUCUCUUUGGUUCAAACUGCUGUCCCCGGACAUUGCUGCCCGCAGCACCACUGUGAAUGCCAAUGUGAGGACAGCUCUCUUCCCAUCUGCCAGGUGGGGGAAGUGCUGGUCGAGGUUCCAGACGGCAGCACCAACUGUGGCUGUCUUCAGCAUACAUGCCAGAAGGCAGAGGUUUGUCUUUUCCAAGGAGUAACAGUGCUCAGCCCUGGCCAGUCUCUGGUUCAGUACUUGGAAGGAGAGCUGUGUUACACUGUCCACUGCCUGCAUCAAAGAGAUCCAGACUCUGGCUUCUACGCAAUGGAAAUUACUUCUGUCAACUGCUCCCAAAAAUGUGGGCCACACCAGGUGUAUGUAACCUCCAUAGACCCUCAGGUGUGCUGCGGCUCCUGUAAAAAUGUCUCCUGUACAUUUACCAAUGAAAACGGGACAACAGAGCUCUUCGCUGCAGGGAGCUCCUGGGUGGAGAACUGUACACGUUACGACUGCAUGGAAACAGCAGUGGGAGCGGUGAUACUUGCCUCUGGAGUGGUUUGCCCGCCUUUCAAUGACACAGAGUGUAUUCAGAAUGGCGGGGUGGUUCAGAGCUAUGUGGACGGUUGCUGCAGGACAUGUUCUGGAGUGGGUGUUUUACCAUUUACCGUUAAUCCCAUAACCCCCACUGGUAGUACUAACUGUGACACAGGUAAAGAGGAUGGUAAGACAUGCAAACGUGUGGCCAUUCGGACUACCAUUAGAAAAGAUGACUGCAGGAGCAACGCACCGGUAACAGUCUAUUCUUGUGAUGGGAAAUGCCCGUCUGCCACCAUAUUCAACUUUAACAUCAACAGUCACGCCCGAUUCUGUAAGUGCUGCCGCGAGAGUGGACUACAAACCCGCUCCGUCACACUCUACUGCUCUCGCAACGCCACAGUCGUGGAGUACAACUUUCAAGAGCCUCUGGACUGUUCCUGCCAAUGGAACUAAAUCUAUCUAUCGAUCAGUUCAUUUGAUUUGUCACAUGUAAUCAUAUAAGGUACAAUUCAGGGUCCAGGCAGAGCAUGAAAACCAGCCAUGUUUCAUUUUAUUUGUCCUAGUUGUAGUUGUAACCGAAAAAACUGAUGAAAUUGGAGAUUGUUUUCAAGUCGUUUUGUCUUCACAUUAGUUUUUAUUUUCUUCAAGAUCUGCUGUGCCAACCCAGUCAGCUUUCUAGUGCAUUCAAGUGAUGGUACAAUGCCAUUAGCCUCUUGUCCUACUGUAUAUUAACAAUUGAUUAUGUUGAUACAAAUGUUGCAUAUUUUAUAUCCACUGUUGGGAUAUUUUGGUUUGUCUUAGGAGAUAAAUUUAGCCUUUGUACAAAUAAAAAUGUAAUGCAAAGCUUUGUUUCCUUCGAAAAAUGUUUUUGAGUUUCUAAAAUGUGACCUUUUGGGCUCUUUGUAGUUUCCAUAUUUUGAAAUAAAGUAGGGGAGUAAAAGAUUUAACAGUG